GAGCCAACUCGUCGGGGCGCGCCAUUACCGCGCCGCGCGGAGGUGGCGGAGGAGCCGUCCGUUCGCUCGCGUCGCGUCGCGUCCCCGGCCGACGGGUUCGUCGAGCUGAUCGCGCGCGCGGUUGCCGCAUCCCAGCCGGCCGGCCUGGGACCCUUUGGGACAAGCAAACCAGCAGGCAGGACCCGAGAUAAUCCUCGGGAUUAGAUUACUAUACCAGCCGCCGCCACCUGCCCUCCGGCCUGGCCCUGCGCCCUCGUCAAGAUCUGACUUUUGAUCACCAGCUAGCGUGCUCAGCUUAGCAAUCGGCCCUGCUCUGCUCUGCUCCCGUGGGGGCGCAAGGUCAACUGCAAUGGGUGUGCACCCGCUCGCACGCCCACGCUGCCUAUAUAUUCUCGGCCCGUCCGUUCUCGCCCUCCAGCUCCAACCCGAACCCAAGACCUCAGCUAGAGAAGAUCAGGUUCCUCGCCUUCGUCUCCCACCUGCAACCCGAAGCUCCGAUGGCUCGGCAAGGCGGUCCCGUCUCGCUGUCGCUGCUGCUGGUGGUGCUGCUCCUCGGCGCCUGCCUGCCGGCGCCGGCCGCCGCGGGGGUGCUCCUCUCCACGCUGCCCAAGGCGCUCGCCGUCACCGCCUCCCCCAAGCCCGGCCAACUUCUGCACUCCGGCGUGGACAAGCUCACGGUGACAUGGUCCCUGAACACGACUGAGCCCGCCGGCGCCGACGCCGCCUACAAGAACGUGAAUGUGAAGCUGUGCUACGCGCUGGUGAGCCAGAAGGACCGCGGGUGGCGCAAGUCCAACGACGACCUCAAGAAGGACAAGGCGUGCCAGUUCAAGGUCACCCAGCAGGCCUACGCCGCCGGCGCCCGCGGCAGCUUCGAGUACAACGUCGCCCGCGACGUUCCCACGGCCUCCUACUACGUGCGCGCCUACGCGCUCGACGCCUCGGGCACGCAGGUGGCCUACGGACAGACUGGCCCCGCCGCCGCCUUCGACGUCGUCGGCAUCACGGGCAUCCACACCUCCAUAAAGGUCGCCGCCGGCGUGUUCUCGGCCUUCUCCGUCGCCGCGCUCGCCUUCUUCUUCGUCAUCGAGAACCGCAAGAAGAACAAGUAGGGGCCUGGUGUGUGUUGUCAUGGAAUGCUUGUACGUUAUGGCGCGUUGAGUUCUUUCCGGCUGGUCUUGGCUAGCUUGUUCUGUGUAACAGAGACGACACGGUGAAGCUAAACCUACUCUAAAAUUGCAGGUGUAAUUGUCAGCUCUGAGAUGAUAUCUUUCCUUC